AAGUACCAAGGAAAAACACCAUGGCUUUUAAUGUUAGAGUACUACUCCUUCAGAGAGUGUUGCUCAUCCUAAUCAUGUACAUUGUUACAAUUUCUGGGCCUAAGCUAUCAGUAUGUGCAAAAAGUUUUACCAUAGCAAAUUAUUGCAAGGAGACAAUAUGGCCAGGAAUAACACACAAUGAGAAUUUCAGUGGUGGAGGUUUUGCAUUAAAACCCGGCCAAUCCGCGGUUUAUACCGCACCGCCCGGGUGGAAUGGCCGGAUAUGGGGUCGAACCGGUUGCAAUUUUGACAAGAAUGGCAAUGGCAAAUGCCAAACAGGUGGCUGUGGCGACACAAUAAAUUGCACAGGCCCAGGAAGCCCACCAGCCACCAUUGCCGAUUUUACCCUUGGAGAUACUGAUUUUUACGAUGUUAGCCUUGUGGAUGGUUUUAAUUUGCCAAUAGUUGUUAAGCCCCUAAAUGGUGGUAAAGGAAAUUGUAGCACUGCUGGUUGUGAUGGUGACUUGAGACAGAGCUGCCCGUCGGAACUUCAAGCCAAGUCCGAUGGGAAGGUCAUCGCUUGUCGGAGCGCAUGUGAAGUCUUUAACACCGAUGAGUAUUGCUGUAGAGGGAAUUAUGGAAACCCUGUUGCUUGUCUUCCAACCAAUUACUCCAAGGCUUUCAAGCAGUUUUGUCCUGCAGCAUAUAGCUUCGCAUAUGAUGAUCCUACCAGCGUCAUAACAUGCUCCGGUGCAGAUUUUGCUGUCACCUUCUGUGCAUCAAGGAACCAAACGGUGUGCUCUUAUCACAAUCAGACGCUGGGCUGUAAUGGAGCUAAGAGUUUACAGAUACACUCUCAGAGAUGGUGGGGAAUAGUGUUUCUGGCAUUAUUACCCUUGAUGCUAACUCUGUUUUAGCACAUCUUUCUGAAUAAUGUUUGAGGGAUAAUAUCAUCCACACCCCUUGAGAUUUGUCUUUAAACUCCAUUGGUUAGAAAAAAGGA